AUCUUUCUGUUUCAUCGACGCUAUCGAGAGCUUCUUGUAGUUUUACGAAACCAGAGAGCCUAUGUUUCUUGUUUAAAAAUAUAGAAUUUGAGGUUAAAUAGGCCUUUAACCUGCUGUGUGUAGUUAUAUAAGCUGUUUCGCCCACCUUGCAUUUGGUUCCAUGGUAACUAUUGAGGACAAAAUCACACAAACGCUGAAAAUGUGGCUUGUCCAAAAGAAAUUGAUGAUUUUUUUUUUACUCACAAUAGUUUGUAUUCAUGUUAAGCUAAUUACUGAAUAAAUUGUGACAUCCUGAAGUUGCUAUGAAAUCCAGCGGAGCUGUGUUUACGAGGCAGAAUCCAUUCCCACCCUCAUCCACUGUGAAGAGGGCACAUUACCACCCAUCACGCAAGCAGUCAUCAAAAAAAGAGAAAGCAGUUACUCUAAGUCCCGUUCGUUUACAUCAGAGCUCCAAGCAUCCACCUCGCUCUCUAAACCGGGAAAGCCAGCAGCUGUGUGAAAAUCUUGAUUUUCCUGCCAGUGAUGGACAACAUGUAUUUGCCGAGUUCUGGCCCUCCACCGAAUGUGGAUCUUCCUCUGACAGUAACACCGACUUUCAUGAAAUGUUGCCAGACAAACUAUCUGUGAGAUUAGAGACAUCCACGGUUCCCUCUGGAGUAAAGGAGGAUUCUGUUCUUGCAAAGUAUGUAGAACGUUUUCGUCAUGGUCGACCUCAGAGUCGAGAGGAGCGCCAACAGAUGGCCUCUACUGAUGGAAGACAACAGAUGCCUUUUUGGUGGAAGGCCCACUCAUCACCCCCCAGUUUGACCCCAACUAAAUCAUUAGACAAAGAUGGCCAUGAUUCCACCGUUUACAGUCCAGUUGGGCAGCCUCAACAUGACAGAUCCUUCAAUGUUGUGUCUGACUCCUCUGUGGGGGAAUUUGAUGACACAGAAAUAUUACAUCUUCAAGAAAGAGCAAGCAGACUUCUACUGAGAGGCGAAUGUAGUCAGAGUGAUGAAUCCUUCCCUGUUAGCUCAGAUGGCCUAGGAUGCUACGAUUUCUCUUCUCCAGCCAGUGUGGAUGAGCCAGUGCGGCAACCUUGGAUUCCCAGUUUAAUAAAACCAGUUGCUGCGAAGGUCAGUCCAGACUCAGCUCCUGCCUCAUCCUCCCGGAAACCUGUCAUCCCCACCGUGACACCCCACACACGUCCACAGGAGGAUAUUUUGUUCCAGUGGCGUUUACGGAGAAAGAUGGAGCAAGCUAGAGGCUGGUCCCAGUCCAUGAGCCAGUCAGGGCUUCAUGAUUCUGCUUUCAGCUGGCAGGCCCCAGGUUUGCUCCAUGCAUCAACCAGUGGACAGCCUUACAAGCAACAGCAGAGCUCCCAACCUCCUCAGUUCUCAGAAAGAGAUGCUCAUUCAUACAUGACUGCUCCCCAUCCGGAAAUCACAGAGACCCACAGACUGAGUGCUCCAGCUCCAAGUCCUCCACUCUUCCAUGCUGCUGUUGUUUCCUCUUCUUCUUUGAUGUCUCAAACCCAGGCUCUUACCCAUGUUCCUGCUCACAUGCAUUUACUCUGCGAUGUCCUUCCCUGCCCCAACCAGUCCUCUGUUGCUAACAAUGAGCAAAGCAUUUCACAAAAGUUGUCCGAGCCCCAAACCAAAGUUGUCCACAAAAAAACUCAAGUCUCAGAAAGCAUAUUGAGCCCCAACAGUGAUGGGCUUAUCAAAGAAUGCUUGCCAUCCUCCCGACAUGCAUCAGCUGAAAACAUAAAAGAAGAGGGGCCUAUGGGGCGAAAGGGUCUCGAUAAGAACAAGAAGAAGAAACUGGCCACACAACGGUCACACCAGAAGACAGCACUACCUUCCAGUCAGCAGAGGAAACCUACAAGGGAUUGUUCAAAUCCGAGCCUACCACAAAAGACCACAUCAUUAAAAGAGCAGCAUGAACAGGAUGGAAGCGAGGAGGAAAGCUGCAUCAGGGGUCAUCUGCCACCAUCCUCUCCAGUUCACACUGCUUUAGGCCAGGUAGUGUCAGAGGUUUUGUUUCCGACGGUGGCUCAGAGGACACCUGCUUCAUCAGUUUCUCCUCCUACAAUCACCUCCUCUCCUUCACAUUCCCCAGUUCCUUUGAACGUCACACAGAACUCCUUGGAAGUCAUUUCACAGCUGCUUCAAGAGGCUGAAGAUUCUGAUGGAAAAGAAUUUGAAGACGACCCUCUGUUACAAGUCCUCCGCCAGCAGAGAAAAUGGGUGAAAGAUCAGAUCAGAGAGGUGGACGUGAUGCUGAAAGAAACCCUGAAGGAGCAACCGGCUGCUUGAACUAAUCAUACUGUUGUUUUUUUGUCGUUUUUAUAUUGAAAUAAAGUUUAUUUAUGCCAUAGGAUUUCAACAUACA